AUGGCUAAGUCGAAGAAAGAGAAAAAGGCGGCUCGCCGUGAGCGCGAGGCGCAGCUGAAGAAGAUCAGUCAGAAAAUACAGGAGAAGAUUCUGCUGGCGGAGGUGGCGACCGCGGAGGGCGAGGUCGAGGAGAUUGUAUACACGCUGCCCCCCACCCCGGCAGAGCUGAGGGCGGCGGAGGAAGAGCAGGAGCGCCAGAAAGCCGCGAUUGCGGCCGAGGCCGAGGAGAGAGCUGCCGCCGCUGCUGCUGAGGUGGUGCAGGCGGCAGCGGCUGCCAGCGCGGAGAAGGAUGAAGAGGAUCGAGUUGUGCUUCCGUCCUUGGAUGGAGGCGAGGGCAACGCGAAGGGCCGCCGACACUCUUCCGUCCUCAGCGGUCGCAAGCAUCACAGGAUGACAUGGGAGGAGUUGAAGCUGCGGGCGGCAGAGAUGUACGGCCUUGAGGCCACGGAGCUGGUUGACCAGCACGACGGCAACGCUGUUGACCCUCUCUUCACCGUCCGCAUGAAGAUGGAGCCGCACACGGUGCCGGUGCCGCACCACUGGCAUCUGCAGCGCACCUUUCUUUCUCGUCAGGCGGACCGUGAGGAGGCGGUAGGCAUUGUGCCGGCAGAGGUCGCCGCCCUCGGUAUCGAGAAGAUUCGUGCCACCAAGGAUAAGAUGGCGAAUCCGAACCAGGUCGCCUUCAUCUCUUGCUUCAUGACGGGCACGCCUCUGCAGUGCAAGACGUACAACGUCGAGCUGAGCAGGUGCGGGGAUGUGUUCUACGAGGGCAAGUGGCGGCCCAAGGCUCACCACACACCGGGCGUCCUGUCGAAGAGGCUGCGGCAGGCACUCGGGAUCGGCCCGACAGCACCACCGCCGUGGUUGUACAGCAUGCAAACAAUGCGCCGCCUUCCUCCCGCGUACCCAGACCUGCGCAUACCCGGGCUGAACGCGCCCAUCCCUGCUGGUGGGCAGUGGGGCUUGGGACAGGACCAGUGGGGCGAGCCUCCGCGCGCGGAGGACAACUCCUUUCUCUUUCCGGGCGUCAUGGACGAGGCCGCUGCCGCCGGCUCCACCCAGGCCGAGCUGCGCUGGGGUACUGUUCCCCCCCUCGUCACAUCACACGAGGAGGCGCCAAGUGUCGCCGGUGCAUCCUCGUCCGGCGCUGCAUCUCCCGCUCCCGCCACAGCGGCACAGGCCUUGCAGCGCCCCACUCCGGCUGCUGGCCGGCCUGUCAUCACCCCCGUGCCCUUCCAGCCACAAGCCUAUGUCCUGCAGCAAGCCGUCCCGGCCGCGCGUGUCACGCCGCAGGAGUACGUGCAGGUGCAGGACAACACGACCAACUCCACCGUUGCUGUGGGCUACAUGAUGAUGCCAAAGGACGGAGUGCAGUCGCAGCCACCACUGUCGCGGUACCCACGCCCGCAGGGUUCUUGA